GCAAAAGAUGCCUAAUUUAACCAUUGAAUUUCGUCAAUUAGUUGAGAAAAAAGCAAUUACUACAUCUCGUAAAUCACCGACUAAAAGACAACGAAAUGAUGAAGACACAUAUGACCUUUUUACAAAAGAAGCUUAUCGCAUAUAUCAACAUAUUGACAGUCUAAAGCGUUUCCUCAUUACUAUUCGACCCGCUUAUUUAACUACAAGUAAUCGACCUUCUCGUUCACGACCGACUACAGUUGAAAUGGUUAAAGCCUCCGAUGCGAAUCAUCAUGAUUCACUCUUUGCCCUCUUUUCAGGUCGCAUUCAUAAUCUUACUGAUCACGAACGAGACGAAAUCGAUUUUCAAGCAAAACUUAUUAUUCGUCGUUGUAUGGAUCGUGUUAAAGAAUUGGAGGAAUCGGAAAAAAUGAGACAAAGCCAAGAGCCAGUCCAUAGUCGUUUCACUCAUUUCCUUAGUUCUAUCUUACUACCACCGUCAACAACAGAGGAUAUUCUUGGUGUUCAUCGAAGUAGUAUGACCUGGUACUUGAAUCAAAAAUUAAUACAGGUAUCAAAGAUACAGAAGGAACAACAAGAAAUUCGACUUGCUCGUGAACUUGAAAAGAGUGAAAACCAAUUAUCAAAGUCUAGAUUUGGGGAUAGUCAUCCAUUAUUAGAUAGACAGAGACUUGAUAAUGAACAAGAGCAAGGACAAGGACAAGAGAAUCUAUUUGAAGAAGAAGGCUUAUCACAAGAACAGCUUCAAAUAUUAGAAAAAGAAAACUCAGCCAUGUUGGAAAAUUUAAACAAUACCCUUAAUCAAGUGAAAAAUGCAGAAAAGGCCUUGUUGGAGAUCUCUACGCUUCAAUCUCAGUUAACCAACCAUCUAGCUGCUCAAACUAUUCAAACCGACAAAUUGUAUGCAGAUGCUAUUACCACAACAGAAAAAGUGGAACAAGGCAAUCUUCAACUUAUCAAAGCAAGAGAAAGAAAUAAAAGUAGUCGUAAAUUUAUAUUAGUCUUUUUGAUUAGUGCAAGCUUCGUGCUUUUAUUCUUGGAUUGGUAUUCUUAAAAAAAAAGAAAAAAAAAAAA